GCUAGAAAAAUAUAGGAAAAAGCCGCCUACGAUACGCUAAGAUAAAUCAACGGAGGGGAAUCACGAAGAAAACAGCAUUUUUAACACAGCUUCUGAUUAACAAACAGUCAAUAAAAGUAUUUCACUGUUUGAUAUGAAAUACAAAUGGGCUUUGAUAGAUAUGCUUGUUCAUCUGCCAAAAUAACAGAACGUGAAUAAAAUUAUUAUUUUAUUCUAAUUAUUGUUUAAUGUUUGAAAGUUGUAAUAAAAUAUACGGGAUAAAGAGCAAAUGUAAAUGUGGAUUCAAAUAAUGGCAAAGGACUAUUGGAUUUUGGUUUGGUUUUAAUAGGCAAUAAUAAAAGAGAAAAACAACCGUUGUGAUUUUUAAAGGAAUUUUUGUACUCCAUUUUUAGCUGAGAUGGUUCCAGGGAGACACAUUGUGGCAUUUAAAGCAAGUUUUAAAAACAACUAUGACAUGACAAAGUAAUAAAAAAAAGUUUUCCGCCAUUAUUUGAAAAUUACUUAUUAACUUAUAGUUCAUUAUAAAGGCGGUUAAAUCGUAAAUUUUAAGUUUUCUUCCUCAUUUUCGGCGACAUAAAUGGAAUAAAAUUGAAAUAAUAUUUGAACGAUGGGUAAAUUUUAAAAUAGAAUUCGGUUAUCUUUUGCUAAUAACAAAAGUGAAAAGCUUAUUCUAUAUCGAUCGUACAUUGCGUCAGGAAUAAUUUUGCCACGGGAAUCAGUCAAGCCAUUUCCAGCGAGACGAAAGUUAUCUUAAACUUGACCUUAAAAGAUUAUAGAAUUGUUAAUAAAUUUAAAUCUUCUUUUGUAAACAAUUAUUUUGAAUGAUAUUGAAAUCUAAAUUUCCAGGAGAUAACGUUUUCUAAAUAGUGUUUUGAAAUUAUGUAUUAAAUAUAUACAUAAGCGAAAAGACAUCGGUAUUUAUAAAUUGGCGAAAAUGGUUGCUGCAUUUGAACAAAAUCAGAACGAGAGUGGUAAUAUGGUUGAUCCAUGUGCUAUAACAUAUUCUGUUGUGAAUAUAUUUUGGAUGGUGCUUUAUACAGUGUUGUUUUUAGUGGCGGUCGGUGGAAACUUACUAGUAUGUUGUGUUGUCCUAGGACAAGAACGUAUGCGAACUGUGACAAAUUUCUUCCUGCUAAAUCUUGCAGUUGGUGACAUGGCAAAAGGACUGAUUUGUAUACCAUUUACUUAUGUAGUAAAUAUACUUAUGCCAUAUUGGCCAUUUGCGGAUUUCAUAUGUCCUUUCAUAUUAUAUACACAAGCCGUGUUUGUAUUUUUGAGUGCCUUUACUCUCGUUGCAAUGAGCAUAGACCGCUAUGUUGCAAUCAUAUAUCCACUCCGACCAAAACUCACUUCCAAAAAAGUUUUUCUUACUAUUGUCGUGGUGUGGAUUUUAGCCCUUCUGGUACCUCUUCCAACAGUUAUUAAAUCAAGAGUUCACAACCCAUACCACGUAAAUGAUACAGAAGAGUGUCACAAAGGGAUGUGUGGCGAAGUUUUUGAUAAUAUGAAAUUACAAUACAUUUAUUCCAUGGCAAUAAUGUGUAUUCAAUACUUUGUCCCUUUGGCCGUUUUAAUGUUCACAUACUCGAGGAUUGGUUAUAUAAUAUGGAUAAAAAGGACACCAGGCGAAGCCGAGAGGAGGAGGGACGAACGCAUAGCAUCAUCAAAAAGAAAGAUGGUGAAAAUGAUGAUAGUGAUGGUAAUAACGUAUGCUGUUUGCUGGCUUCCUUUACAUGCCAUGCAGUUGAUACAGGAAGCCCAUGAGUCUGUGUACGACUACGAACACUAUCAGUAUGUUUGGACCAGCGCCCAUUGGCUAGCCAUGUCGUACGCCUGCUACAAUCCUAUUGUUUAUUUUUGGAUGAAUAAAAGAUUCCGUUCAGGAUUUAAAAGUUUAUUUUUCUGCUGCAGCCGCUGCAAGAAACGUUGUGGCAACGGUGUUAGUAAUGGGCGGAGAUUGCGGCUGCCACAGAGGAACAAUAGUGGGUCCAGCAGCAGGUUUAGUCCAAGGGAUAGCAUUGAUGAAACCAAAAUUAUGAAAAUGUCAUUUCUAAAUAAAGAUGACGUUGAUUAUAAUGAUCUGUAGAUAAUUAUAAAUAUAUAAACUUGAUGUGAAAAAAACAACAACAAAUACUUCUUACAUGUGGGGGUUACAAAUCUAUAGCACGCACGUUUUGAAGAGUACCGUGAUCCUUUUUCGUUUUAAUUUGGCUUAAAUAUGUCAAAUAAUACCAUAUUGUAAGCGGAUUACUUCCGGGAAAAUCAUGACAGACAACGAAUGAUAUUUUAUUAAUUAUGAAAUAGUAUUUGCUGGGAAUCAUAUGGUAAUUAGGAUAUGUUGAUAGAUAGAUCAAUGUCAUGUACUUGAUAUGUCUUCUGCUUUAAAAAGCAGCAGUAGUGUUCUCGUUAUCGAUAUUGUUGGAUUUAUCUUAAUAAUAAGGCGAUAAGCAAUGUUCAGUGAGAUCAUUAGCAAACUGAAAGACGAUUUUUCUCUCUGGUUAGAGAAGCCUAUUAUCAAACUUUAUUUAUAUUAAGUUAAAACUUACUUUCUUAGUCAAAUGGUAUAUGAAAAUGGGCAAUUUUUCAAAAAUCAUUUUUUUUUAAUUUGCUGAUUGUAAUAAUUUCGAGCAACUUAAUUGCAGAUGUUUCUUUUAUCUGAAAUACAAUGCAAGAAUCAGUAUUUCAUACUGCAUUUCAUAAGCAAUGAAUUCAGCGUACAUUUGCAAGAAUGAUAUGAAAAAAACUUGCUAGUAAUUGUUAACAUGAACAUUUUUCACAAAAUUUACAUUUUUAUUUUCAAGACACUCGUGCUAUCUCUAUAAUCAAAAACGUUUGACCUCAAAACCUUACACUGCAUUCAGGAGUAAAUAAUGCUUAUUUUUGUCUGUAUGAAACCAGCUUGUUAGCGCAGAAUACGCCGUAAGAUAUCGUCUGAUUAAUUUACACAUUCGCAAUAAAAUAUGGUGAUUUACAAUGAUAGAGACCUGGUGUAGAUUGAUUGAUUAUGAUAAUAGAGAAACGAUAUAAAAUAUAUUGUUCAUUUUGCAAGAUUAAUGAUACUACAAAAUAUAAGGUCAAUUUACGUAUUUUUAAUGAUUUAAUUAUAACUAGAUACGAUUUGACUAGAUUAACAUAUUUGCAUGUUUUGCUUUAUAGAAAUACAGUUAUUCUUCGUUAUGUCCUAUAUCAAUUAUUACAAAUUUAAACGGUUACUAAAGCAAAGGUAGGCCAAUUAAACAUCAAUGUUUGCAAAUAAUUCUCCCUUUGAAAUGUAUUACAUACUUCGUUAUUCAGUAGCACAGGAAUGACAUAUCUACAUUUCUUGUAUUCAAUAUUUUCAACAGAUAAUGUGUAUGAAAUGAAGAUCAGUAAUUGUACAACAUUGGUGACUAUUUGUAUUUGAUUAUGUUACCUAGUUUUCAUAUGGAUGCCAUCCAUCUAAAACUACUUCUGAUCUAUAUGAAUUGAAUAAGAUCAGCUGACCUGGCGAAAAGACCACGGCAAUGCGAGUUGUGUACAUAUGCGUGCAGUCAUUACCCUGAAUUGUAACGCUCUGUUGUUAGUUAUUUGUCUACAAUGUAAGGUUGUUUUGUGAAUUUGUAUUACAAUCUAGCCAACAAAAUUGUGAACACUUUAUGAUUGAGUUUAUACUCCUUACAUUAGAUUAAAUGUCAUAAUUGUAUUAUAUAUGACUAUGUUAGGGUCCAGUAAUCGAAAAGUUGUACUACAUGUGAAUAAAAGAAUAUCUGUA